UCAGAAGGUCAUUGGUGGCGCGAGAAAUCGUCCGAUAGCGUGAUCGUCACAGUCCCCUUUAUGUUUUGUCGCUGUGCCGAUCUUUACGUACAUACCUAGCAAUUUUGCUUCUAGAAUAUUGUGGAAAGAUCUCUAUAGUACCGAUUUGGACAAUAACGAUGGCUGACGGCGGCGAAAGUAACCGGGGAGACCAGGAGAGAGGACGGCGUCCCCUGCGUGUUUGGGUGGACGGGUGCUUUGACAUGGUCCACUUCGGCCAUGCGAACGCCCUCCGUCAGGCCAAGAAGAUGGGAGACUACCUGAUCGUGGGCGUGCACUCGGACGAAGAGAUCAGUAAACACAAGGGUCCGCCCGUCAUGACUGAACAGGAGAGGUACAAGAUGGUUCGAGCCGUCAAAUGGGUGGAUGAGGUUGUGGAAGCGGCACCAUAUGUCACCACUAUUGAAACCCUAGACAAGUACAACUGUGACUACUGUGUCCACGGCGAUGACAUCACCAUGACAGCUGACGGCCAUGACACCUACUCGGAGGUGAAGAAUGGCGGGCGCUACAAGGAGUGCAAGCGGACAGCGGGGGUGUCCACGACAGAUCUGGUCGGUCGGAUGCUGCUGUUGACGAAGACGCAUCACGACCACGAGAACGAGGCUCAGCCGCCGCGAGACAAGGUGGAGGAGCUGCGUGAGAACCCGCAGGCCCGCAGCCCGUGGACGGGCGUGUCCCAGUUCCUCCCUACGACCCAGAAGAUUGCGCAGUUUGCGGAGGGCGGGAGCGGUCCGGAGCCCGGUGACAGGAUCGUGUACGUGUCAGGAGCAUUCGACCUCUUCCACGUCGGCCAUCUCGACUUCCUUCAACGCGCUCGCCAGGAGGGAGACUACCUCAUCGUGGGCCUCCACACCGAUCCCGUGGUGAACGACUACAAGGGGUCCAACCAUCCCAUCAUGAAUAUCCACGAGCGUACGCUGUGCGUGCUGGCCUGCAGGUACGUCUCCGAGGUGGUGAUCGGCGCCCCGUACACCGUAUCGGAAGAGCUGAUGGAGCACUUCAACAUCGACCUGGUCGUCCACGGCCGCACCAACAUCAUCCCCGACCCGGAGGGGCACGACCCGUACAAGGUGCCCAAGGACCUGGGCAAGUACAAGCAGAUCGACAGCGGCAGCGACAUGACGACCACCAAGAUCAUCGAGCGCAUCAUCCGCAACAGGCUGCACUUCGAGGCACGCAACAAGGCCAAGGAAGAGAAGGAGAUGCGCGUGUUCGACGCUCUGCAAAAACAAGUCAAGUCGGGCCGAAAGUUGAUCGAAGAAUCGUCGUAAAUAAUCACAAUCAAGAUGAGAGACAUUGGUGGUUAUGUUUUCACCUUUCAAAAGACUUUGAAAGUCUUAUGUGAAGGUGUGUUCUCCCAUUGAAUAGAAAAUGGACAUUAUUUGAUUGAAUUGGUACAAGUCUACAGUCAAAGUUUUAUUGAAAUUGAGAAGCACACAUCUACAUUUCUAGGAAAUAGACUGAGAUAAAAGACUCUUACUGGUACCUGCCAAACUAUGUUCAGGGCAU